AUGUCGGUCCCUGAGAGCGGUGCACACGAAAAGGCGAAGGGUUCCGCUCCGCCUGAACACCGUACGGCCCCGUCGUCGUCGGGGUACCGGCCCGCGAAGGGCCCCUCCCGUCACGCUGAGCUCCGGUUCUCAGAGGUUCUGAAAACCCUGUCCUCUGAAAUCUCCGCGCACCUUUCUGAAAGGAAACCUCGAAAAAGCCACCCGCACAUUCAGCGGGACCAACCUGAAAUUCAAGCCGACUUCCUGGUUCUCUCGGUCGGACGAGGCGCUCUCGGGCGACCUCAUUCGGACUUCCAGGGGACGACCGACCACCAGGUCAACCCCAUGCUAGUCAAUGGGGUUGACCUGCUCUCCGAGAGGGGACUUAGAAAAUUUUUCAGCCCGUCUCCCCGUGGGUUGACCUGUUGGACGAGGGGGGACUUAGAAUUUUUUUGGACGACUUGGGCAACCAUCGAUCGGCCCGCCACCACCGGGUCACCCGAGCCGCCCGAGGGUCACCGUCCUGGGCCAGAGAGAGAGACUUCUGCCCGGUCCUUUGGAUGGGGCCCACGGAACGGCAAUUUUCCCAAAAUUUCCCCAGAGACUCCGGGCACUGCUGGAAGGUCCCCCCGGUCGCCGGAGCCAAAAAAAAAAUUUUUUUCGAAAAAGGAUCGGGACCACCGUGACCGGGUCGCCGCUUCCAGGCAAGGCGCUUGCGGCUCCCCCUCCUCGGCCGCGGAGAGCGAAUUGACCCCGGUCCCUUGGAUCUCGAACAAGGAAGGGUGUUUGGAUCCCAAAUUUUCCCCAGAGACUCCGGCCGCUGCUGGAAGGUGCCCCCGGUCCCCGGAGCGAGGAAAAACAAGUUUUUCCCCCGUCUCCGUCGGGACCUCCGAGACCGGGUCCCCGCCGCUCGGCAAGCCGCUCGGGGCUCACCCUCCUCGGCCGCGGAGAGCGAAUAGACCCCGGUCCCUUGGAUCUCGAACCAGGAAGGGUGUUUGGAUCCCAAAUUUUCCCCAGAGGCUCCCUGCCGCUGCUGGAAGGUGCCCCCGGUCCCCGGAGCGAGGAAAAACAAGUUUUCCCCCCGUCUCCGUCGGGACCUCCGAGACCGGGUCCCCGCCGCUCGGCAAGCCGCUCGGGGCUCACCCUCCUCGGCCGCGGAGAGCGAAUUGACCCCGGUCUAUGGAUCUCGCACCAGGAAGGUUCUUUGGAUCCCAAAUUUUCCCCAGAGGCUCCCUGCCGCUGCUGGAAGGUGCCCUCGGUCCCCGGAGCGAGGAAAAAACAAGUUUUCCUCCCACCUCCGUCGGG